UGUCAUUGGGCAAAGAAACGUUCGCAGGUGUGAAAACCACAUACCUUCCUCCAUGACCACAAAUGCAUAAAAAAUGAAAAUUUGACAGAACAGAACAGAGAACGCGAGAGUGGAGAGCGGUGCAGAAAUGUGGUAGAUACGCUGAAGUCAAUGACCAGAAGAGUAAUAUGUUGGUUUUUACAGUUUUGUGUCAAGUUUUUAACUGUUAUAUUUCUGUAAGAAAUACCAGGAUUAGUUUUUUUUAAUCGGAAUAAGCUUUUUUAUUUUACUAGUUUACCCAUUAUGUGAAUUUGUGAAGUUAGCAAAGUGAAAAUGAGUGUCAACGUUGCAGUCGAGGAAAAAAUAAACAGAAAAAUGCAUGAAUUGUUUAUGCAAGUUUUGAAAAAUCGAGAUCUCUCAAGAGCAGGAGAUCUUUUUUCCAUUCCGGAUUCUGUUAUUGUCAAUGAUUUAACCGUUGUGCUAAAAGAAAUAACAAUAAUAGCAUCUCUCCCAGAUUAUGUCAACAAUGACAAUGAUCAGAGUGUUGUUGAAAUAUGUGUUACAAGAGUCACAUCAUGUAUAAGAGAAACGGGAAGUGUUGAACAGCAUUGUGAAGCUUUGGUAAUAUUGCUAGAGUCUUGUCUUCAUCACAAUUUACAAGCUUCUGCACGAGAUGAAGAUACUCCUCAUGCUAAAAUAUCGUCUGAUAUAAUAUCAUGCAUAUUUUUAAACUACAGUAAAAAAUCUGUGAUGCAAAGGGCACUUCCAGUAGCUGUAAAAUUUUUGCAUAAGGGAAACAAAGAAUUAUCAAGAAAUAUGGCUUCAUAUUUAUCUUUGGCAGCUAUGGAACAUGCAAAUUUACUUACUCCACAUGUUCAGCCUAUUAUGGACUCUAUUAUUUCAGGAAAUUAUCCCUUAUGCAGGGUUCUUCCUAAUAUUUAUGAAGUUGCACCUGAACCUUUCCAGGGCCAUGCUAUGGCCUUAGUUUCUCUUCUUCCUCACUGUGAUAAUCAAGAAAAAUUAGCUUUGUUGAAUUUAUUUACUCUUAUGGCAAAAGAUAACCCGACGUUGUUGGAAGCUAGUGUUCCUCAACUGUGCGAAUAUUUAAGCAACCCAGGAACUGUAGGUCCCACCUUAGAAGUCUUCAUUCAUAUGGCAGACAAAAUACCAGGAUUGCUCGUAGAUCACAUAAAUGCCGUUAAACAGUGUGCUCAAAAACAUCCUCAAACUAUUUGCUCUGCUGCUCAAAUUAUUAGUGCCGUUGGAAAACUGAGCAAGGAUCGUGCUCAAGAUGCCUUAAACUUUGUGCUUGAAUAUCUACCUAAGGCUGACAGAAGUUCGCAGACUGCCUUGCUUAGAGAAGCAACACUGCUUUGCAGUUCUUAUCCAGUCCUUUUUACUGAUAAAGUAUUAUUAGGAAUUCGACAUAGACAUCACACUAGCAUGAAUCAAAUAAGUCAAGUAACCACGCCCACCACACAGAGCCAAAUUACAUCAGGUGGUGUAACUAUAGUUAAAGUAGGAGGAGUUCACACUACUACCCCUUCAGGUGGCUACACUCGAAGGGCGAAAUUAGGCGAUUCGAGAAGUACUGGAAGACUUCACACUGCGCCCAGUAUUAAUACACAUAGAAGUAUGACAAAACUUAACAUUGCUGGGGGUUCCGUAGGUGGAUUACACAAAAGCAUGACAGGUCUCAGUUCCACUCAACAAAUAAAUACAACUCCUGUGCCUCCUCUGUCCAACAAUGUCAUUGUGACAGGUGUAAGUAAAUGGACGGCACCUAAUGUAAGGGUAUCAAGCGGUGGGGUAACAGUUACUACUAUAUCUCCACCUAGGAUGCAAAGACCCCUCAGCCAAGGACCUCUAGCUUUUAUAGGAAAUCACUCUCACCAAGCAACCGGAAGUCCUAUAUUAUUAACUUCGCCACCUAUUCAUUCAACCAAUGCAGUAGUGGUAAGUUCUGGUUAUACAGGGCCAAUUUCCAGUGGACAAGUUUCGGUUGUGACCAGUGGUGUAAGUGGUUCGAUUGCACAAACUAUUCCUAUUCGAAACAGUAUAGUGCAUACCCCUCCUCCUAUGCCAACGAUAGAAAAUGUGAAUUCUAACAAUAUUGCCACAUCAGGAAAUGUAAACGUAACAGGUCCGACUACAGUAAUAUCACGUCGCAAUAAUACCAGUGUAACUUUAAUAAAUCAAAAUUCCGUCGCGAACCAACGUAUGAGUGUUUUUGAACCGUACCCGAUGCGCGACACCAUUCAACAUUUCUGCGAGAAACAUUUGGACAAAAUUAAAAGUUACAUGGAAAAAGUAUCGAUACAAAUACCAUCUCCCGCCAAAUGUACCAUUGAGGAAAAGAGGCAAAAAAAAUCAGCAAAGUUACAUUUCGCUUGUCAGGCGAGAGGGCAGCACUGCUUGUAUUCAAAGACUUAUUUUACAAUGAGGACCAGGAAUCCUAGGGUGUGGAUACAUUUGAUGUUUAUCUCUUUACAGGCUAGAAAUUCACAUGCUUUAAGUUCACGGGAUGCCCAAGUAGCAUCUUUAAAACACUGCUGGGACAUACUAAAAUGUGAAAACAAGACUUUUUUAACUUUGGUAACCAGCGCAUUUCCUUGUGUGAAAGAUCAAGAUUCAAUUUUGAACGAACUUAGGCAUUCAGGAUAUUUUGACGUUUUUCAGGUUUGCCCUUCAAAUAUCACGCCUUCGGAUACACUUGAUUCUCCCAGUAUUGGAGGGGUAAUUUGGGGGUGUUUUUUAUGUGCACACCCUGAAAAGGCGGUAGGAUUUUUGAGGGGAGACACAAGACCAGUAAUAGAAGGACAACUAAAAGAAAAGAAGGGGAGAUGGAGACUUUUUAGACGAUGGAGAACGAGGUAUUUUACCUUAUCCGGAGCACAUUUAAGUUGUAGAGGAUCGAGUGGUGGUGAAUCAAUCGACGUCAAUCAAAUACGAUCGGUAAAAGUAUCAAGAGGUGCCAGAAAUAUUCCGAAAGCGUUCGAAAUUUUUACGGAAAAUCAAACUUUGAUUUUAAAACCCAAAGAUGGAAAAAACGCCGAGGAAUGGGUGCAGUGCUUAAGUAUAGUUGUAGCACAUUCGCAUGCGAAAGAACUACCAAACAAAAGCAAUUCUUUACCAGCGAGAGGUAUUAGUUCUAGUCGGACCGUUAUGUGACUUUUAUUUGACAAAUAUUUUCCGUUUUAAAUUGAUAAAAAAAAUAAUAAUUAAGCAGUAGAAGUAACGUUCUAAAUUAAAAAUUGAUUUUAACGCUCCUAGACAAAUAUGAAUACAAAAAUUUAUUGUUAGGUCCAAUCUUUCUUAAAUCUUGAAUGUCUAUUCCUCUUGCGUCGCAUAAUAUCAACAUUGUAUUCUGUUUUGUAAGUAUUAUUGUCGAUUGCCGGUACUAAUGACGAAUCUUUAUACCAAUAUGGUACAACAAAUGACACCAUCAAAGCUAUACUAUCACAAUGGAAAAUUGACGUUUCAAGAAAAUUAAAAUGUAUGUAUGUUUGCAGUAUGACAAGAUUGACAUGGCAAGUCAGAAUUAGAUCUUCACUGGUAAAAAUUCAAAAUUUAUAAAUUUGGCAACACUGCACAAGUGAACACAAAUAGAUCACUAAAACGAUAUUAUCGAAAUUCGGCCAUUAACUGAGAUAACUUCUCCCAUUUUUAGAUUUGCUAGUGUGCAUCUAAUUCUGACUAACC